UGCACCUGCUGAAAGUAAGUGCCAGUAUCAACAGAACUCCGGACAAAAGUCCUCGUCAAUUAGUCAUAGCUCUACCAUUAAAUUCGCUUCUACUUGUUAUUGGGACUUCAACUGUAUUUCCCCUGGAAAGCACUUUGUGCUGACAUCUACCAUCACCAUCAAACUCAGCAUUGCAGUGGGAGUUAACAGAGAUAAAGGAAGGGGAUUACCACUCUCUCUGUCUGUCGUCAAUCUCCUACUGAUAUAUUUGAACCACAUCACAAGUAGGGUACAGGAAGAUGCCCGUUCAGAUUCCAGACGAUACAGACUUUACCUCUUUCAAGGAACAAUGUGAAAACCAUGAAGGAUGGACCGCGCGCUACAACAAGGGAAGCGUGACGGUGUGGUGCAGGGAUGAAGAGUGUAAAACUAUCCAGAAACUAAAGAUGAGGAUAGUGUGCAAGGACGUGACUGCUGAGACCCUUUACGACGUCCUUCAUGACACCAGCUACCGGAAGAAAUGGGACGGCAACAUGAUCGACACCCACGAUAUCGGCAGACUUACCGUCAACGCAGAUGUAGGAUAUUACUCCUGGAAGUGCCCGAGCCCCCUGAAGAACAGGGACUUUGUUACCAUGAGAUCAUGGCUUCCUCUGGGCAACGACUACCUGAUCAUCAACUACUCUGUCAAACACCCGCAAUAUCCGCCCAAAAAGGACUAUGUGAGAGCGGUGUCUCUGCUGACAGGCUACCUGAUCCAGUCCAACGGAGCCAGCUCCUCCACUCUCUAUUACCUAACGCAGGUCGAUCCCAAAGGUUCCCUUCCAAAGUGGGUGGUGAAUAGAGCUUCUCAGUUCGUAGCACCAAAGGCCAUGAAGAAGAUCUACAAGGCCUGUCAGAAGUAUCCAGAGUGGAAGAGGAAGCACAACCCUAACCUGAAGCCCUGGAUUUAUCCCGAGCAGAACACCUUACCGUGUAUUAACGUGGCUGACCUUGUACUACAGAGAGCCGACUCACUGGAGAACAUUGAUGAGAGCCGCCUGACGGAGGAGAAACAAGCACAACAUCACAGCGAUGACGAAGAGACCUAGUCUGAGUGAAGACACUGUUUGUAUAUAAUUGUGUGGCUGUGUUUAAAAUAGCACCCUAUUCCCUAUAUAAGUGUAUUACAUUUGUGCAGGGGCCCAUAAGGCUCUGGUCAAAAGAAGUGAACUAUAUAGGAAAUAGGGUGCAAUUUGGGACACACACUCUGUGUUGGGUUUGGUUUCCGUGUGAGUGUGUGUGUGUGUGUGUGUGUGUGUGUGUGUGUACAGUACAAAUAAUGUACAUGUAUGAUUUACUAUAAUUUGGAUCUGCAACUUUUGUCUUGUUGCAUUUAGUUGGUAAUUGAUCUAUAACUUAUUGAAUCAGAGGGGUUUAACAGGGUAUUUUCAUAUAGAAAAAAAAUUGACAAUGUAUGCACGGUGCUAUCCUUCAAUGAAAUUGUAUAAUAUCGAAUUUAUGAUAACUGUAAAAAUGUGUCUAUUUCAAAACAAAAUUCAAGACAAUAUUUAAAUAUUUCAAGACCCUAACAUGUUUUUAGUUUUUUUCAUAUUCAUGUUUGAUUUGACUCCAGCUGUCAUUUGAAGUGUUAUACAAUAGCCAUUGCCGAUAGAGAAGAUAGCCUAUCAUGCAGCCUACUUACUAUACAGUAUAUUUCCGGGUAUCUAGUGCCUCCCAGUGGCAGUAAUACGUUAUAACAUUUCCUCAUCGCCCAGUGUUUGGAAAGUGUUUCCCGAACUCGGUGCACGUUUUGGUUUUUGCCCCUAGCGCUACACAGCUGAUUCAAAUAAUCAACUAAUCAU